AUGCCGUUACCUUAUUAGUUAAACAUAGCGGGACGUUUCAACGUCAGUACACAUUGGUCGGUUGAAUAUAACGGCACGAUUUCACGAUAUAACACAAGGCUGGGUCGGUGGCGUCUAUAUAAGCCGAGACCACCCUGUUUCGCACCUCAUAACCUCUGUCUUCUCUCUCGCGCGCUCUCCUCUCGGCUCUCCUUUUGCUCUCUUGGCGAUCUCGUCUUUCUGCGAAGGUCGGAGCUGCUCUCCGACGAAAGGACAAAGCUUCGAGCGAUCGUCGGCUGGGAGUGAGCGUCCUCUCCUCUGAUUUAGGGGAGAAUUUAGAUUCUUGUCGUGGUGAUCUCAUUCCUUUACCUUUGCUUGAGGUUUCGUUUCGCUUCGCUCUCGAAAUUUUUUAGGGUUCAAGAUAUUGUUGAAUUUUGAUGAUUUGGCUUCGUUUUGAUUGAUAUAAUUGACAAUUUCGGUGACCAAAAAUCAGAAAAUUUGUUGUUCUCGGGGUUCUCUUUGAUCAAUUCUUCGUUAGGGGAGUGAGCGUCCUCUCCUCCGAUUUAGGGGAGAAUUUAGAUUCUUGUCGUGGUGAUCUCAUUCCUUUACCUUUGCUUGAGGUUUCGUUUCGCUUCGCUCUCGAAAUUUUUUAGGGUUCAAGAUAUUGUUGAAUUUUGAUGAUUUGGCUUCGUUUUGAUUUAUAUAAUUGACAAUUUCGGUGACCAAAAAUCAGAAAAUUUGUUGUUCUCGGGGUUCUCUUUGAUCAAUUCUUCGUUAUCGAUCGUCUGGGUUUUCAAGUUUCUUUUGGGAAGUUCGAUCUUUCUGGUUUUCUUGUUCGUCUCUCGUCACCUCGGCGUUUCUCGUUCUGGUUUCGAUUCGCAAGAUGGCUUCUUGUCGUUCCAGGCGUGUGGAGUACGACCGCUUCAUCCCGUUCCGAUCGGCGAUGGACAUGGACUUCGCGCGCUGUGCUCUAACCAUGCCUUCCAGACCUCAGCGUGAUGGUUCGAUAGAAUCCCCAUCGAGUGUGGCGUACCAAAAACUUCUUGUUCAAUGUAUUUUGAAGAACAGAUCUCGCAUCUUCGCAUUCAAGAGUGCACCCGAAUCACCGGCCCACAAGGUGUCCCAAUUUGACGAGGACAAUCGACCGCACAAGAAGCAACAGAGGCGAAUCCCAAAAGAUGCAGAUAGGGUUUUGGCUGCUUAUGAUAUCUUAGAUGAUGAUAGGUUGAAUCUACUCGACUGGGGAAGCAAUAACAUGUUGGCGAUUGGCCUCAAUGACAAAGUGUGCCUAUGGAAUGCUGCGAAUAAGUCUAGUACGGAGUUUUCACGAGCCCUAGAAGACAACAGCCCUGUCACUAGCAUCAGCUGGUCCCCAGACGGCAAAGUUCUAGCUGUGGCAUUAGGCAAUUCAGAUUUAGAUCUGGUUGAUGCAGCAACAAGACGUGUGUUGGUUGGGAUCCAAGGUGACAGCCACUCCUUUGUUUGUUCACUUGCGUGGAGAAGUAAUGCAAUCUUGACGGUUGGGAGAUCCGAUGGUAGUAUUGUUGAUUAUGACAUUAGAAAAGAUGACCGGGCCAUCUGUGACUAUAGAGGGCAUCGACUAGAAGUUUGUAGUCUUAAAUGGACCGAGUUGUUUGGGCGGUAUCUGGCAAGCGGAGGGAAGGACAAACUUGUGCACAUAUGGGACACCCGCAUGGCUGUUGCAAAUCACCAUCCGCGCCAACAUCAAUUGCUUCACAAGAUCAGCAACCACACUUCCACUGUGAGGGCCCUUGAUUGGUGCCCUACCAGGAGCAAUCUGCUGGCUUCUGGUGGAGGACGCAAUGAUCAUUGCAUUAAGUUUUGGAAUGCUGUUAAUGGUGUUUGCUUGAACUCGAUUGAUACCGGUUCUGAAGUUUGUGCGUUGUUGUGGGACAAGAACAAAUCUGAAUUGCUGACCUCCCAUGGGUUUCCAAACAAUCAACUCACCCUGUGGAAUUACAUAUCCAUGACGAGAAAAGCUGAGCUUUUUGGUCAUUCAUCACGUGUUCUUUACUUGGCUGGGAGCCCAUUGGGAGGUGUAGUAGCUUCUGCAGCAGAAGAUGAGACACUCAAGUUCUGGAAUGUCUUUGAGACUCCCAAACCACCAAAACCUGAAGCAAACACUGUGCCCUUUGCCCAAUUUAGUGUCAUAAGAUGAAAAUGCUGAUGGUUGGAAAAGACUAUGAGAGUAAUACGGAAAACUUCUUUAGUGCUUGACAAGAAGAUCCAUUGUUGAUAGCGUUGCAUAGAGUAGUUUAUGGCAUCAAAGAGGCAACAUAUUUUCAUACAAGCAUCAUACAUUUAAGAUCUUCGGAUACGAGUGCAAGCGCAUAAGUUAAGAUUUUUCUUGCUGAUUAGCUGUUGCAUUGUAGCAGACUAGUAGCAAUCUUCAUGAGAUUGUUAGAGAAGCUUGCUAAGUUUCAUACAAAUGCUCACCAACUAAUGACAUGGCUACUGUUUCAGUAUUUUGAAUUAUGUUGUUGCAGUCAUCUUUCACGAGUUUCAGCAUCCACGUGCUGUAGUUUGAAUCUGCUACUUGGACAAAGAGACCCGGAGCAUUGAUGCUUCACUUAUUAGAAUUUGAGAAUCAGGGACAAAAAUACCCAGAGCAAAGAUGCUUCACUUAUAGAAUUUGAGAAUCAGG